CUCUCAGAGCGCAUGCGGAAUACCGGACCACAAGUCCCAGCAUGCUCUGCAGGGCGCCGGGAACCCCUAAUCACCGUCGUAGGUGCGGGCCGCAUGAAUGGAGCUUCUGGCGUAAGGCAAAGCCCGCCACCGUCCGCGCGGCCGGUACCUGCUCCCAGAGC